AUGCCAACAAAAUAUAAUGAUAGAGUGGAUGUUCAAGUGUACACCGAUGGAGUGUGUCACUGGUGGGGUGAAACUGAAACACAUGAUGAAGUUUAUCUGGUAUCAUUUAACUUAAGCAAUGAGGUAUUUGUGAAAACGUCCAUACCUUCAAGCAUGGAUGGUAUUGAUUCUAGACCUGUUUUUAGACACUUGAGUGUGCUCAAUGGAUUAAUUGGAUGGAUUUUAAAUUAUGAAGGAACAACUAUUUUACACAUAUCAGUUUUGGAUAAAGUUGGAAUGAAGGAGUCAUGGACCAAACUCUUCAUCGUAGAUCCGUUGUUCUAUGUUAAGCAUCCUAUAGGAGUUGGUAAAAAGGGUGACAUAUUCUUUAGAAAAAAGGAUAAUCAAUUAGCUAGGUUUAAUUUAAUCACCCAGAAAAUUGUAGAGCUUGGUGUUAAAGGUGAUAGAUGUUAUUGUCCGAUAAUGGUUUAUUUUGAGGAAAGCGUUUUACCGAUUGAAGGAAUAAACAGUUAA